CGUCAGUCGGGAGAUGUAAUUGAAUGCGUCUUGUUAGAUCAGUGAUGUUUAUUUCCUGUAGUGCAGUUUGAGCAAUACAUGAGAAACACGCGUCAUUUGUGUGUCGUUCUAGGCAAUUAACAACACCUCCUACUUUGUUUCUUUCUUAUUUACACCUUAUCCGUUUGCGUACACGCCCGUUUCCGUUCCAAAGUCCGCAUAUAAUACCGAACGAAUUUACAGUCGCCGUUCCGUGAGUAAAAGAAGGGCUUUAUAGGAAACCAAACGUACUGUCCUCCAUCUUGGAUCUACUUGCAUAUUGGAAAGCAUACUGUGUACAAUACUGAACAAGUACAGUACUUUGGUUUUGUUGUGCGAGGCAACAUGAGAAGGACAACUGAAACCAGCGACGGACCUGCUUUAGUUAGCUCUCAAGCUAGCGCUGUGACACAACUAAAGGAGAACAACAUUCUCUACAUUGUGUAUGUAAUCGCAGCUUUGGACAUAACGUGGAUGUUUUUGCAGUUCUCCAUAACGCCUUAUCUGGCAAGAAACCUGGGUUUUGACACCUUGUGGUUUGGUUAUUUGCAAACCAUGGUCGGUGUACUCCAGCUUUUUGGUGGUCCUUUGUUUGGAAGGUUUGCAGAUAUUUUUGGGGCCCGAGCAGCGUUGUCAUUGUCCUGCGCUGCAACAAUUGUUUUCUUCAUUCUGUUGGCGGUAGCAGACUCUCCUGCCAUGCUUUUUAUCCAUAAGAUCCCCACAGUCAUCAUGCAUGUCCUACCAGCUUCUCAGAUGGUUGUGGCAGACCUUUCAGAACCAGACAAACGGGCCGCUGCGCUAUCCAAACUUGGUCUGUGUUUUGGCAUUGGGAUGAUAGCCGGCUCCACUUUAGGCGGCCAUCUUGUCACACACUAUGGCGAGAGAUUUGCUGCAUAUUCCGGUGCAGCAGGGAGCGCAUUAAGUCUCAUGUUGGUGUUAAUCUUUAUCCCCGAAACCACUAAAGUUCAAGCUCCGGGAACCGACACAAAGUCUGAGACGAAAAACAAGUCAAUAUUCAAUGUGGGACAGAUUACAAGACUCAUAAAGUAUCCAGGUGUGCUGUCAACUUUUGUUGUGAAGAUUGUAGCAGGUUUACCUUCAGGAAUUUUCCAGGUGAUGUUUUCUGUCAUGGCAAUGGAGUUUUUUAAGCUGACGCCUAAACAAAAUGGCUACUUAAUGGCAUAUUUUGGGAUAACCCAGAUGGUGAUGCAGGGAGGGGUGAUCGGACGUCUUACGGCGAGAUACUCUGAGAGUUCGCUGCUACUUCUGUCCAUCGGGGUUUCUGCUUGUGUAGGCCUGGCACAGGCGUACAUGAAGAAUGUGUUCCAUUUCUGCCUCAUUGUGGUCCCCAUGAUGUUUUCUCUCAGCACGUUCAACGUCAUCACAGACAGUUUGCUCACCAAGAGCGUACCUUCCACGGACACGGGCACAAUGUUGGGACUUUGUGCAUCAGUUCAGUCUCUCCUACGCACAGUCGGCCCGACCAUCGGCGGCUUCCUCUACGUAGAUUACGGUAUUUCCUCCAUAGGCUUUCUUCAGUUUAUUGUGAAUGCUGCUGUAUUCGUUUACCAGCUGCACCGUCCACUCAAGAACAAGAAAGUGGAGCACAAACAAUGAAAUGGCUUUGACAUUUUCACAGGAGGUGGAACCUGCUCUCAUUUGUAUAAUUACUAUAUCCUGCCAUUGUGUAAGAUUUUUGUAAAAAGUUUUUGCAUUGAAUACCUAUUAAAAUGAUUUUAUACACAGUAACAUUGGACUGCACACAUAUUGAAGGGUUGCUUUUGUUCACAAA